AUGAGCACGGUCGACCUUGCCCGCGUGGGCGCGUGUGUCCUGAAGCAUGCGGUGACCGGGGAGGCCGUGGAGCUGCGGAGUCUGUGGCGGGAGCAGGCGUGCGUGGUGGCCGGCCUGCGGCGCUUCGGCUGCUCUGUGUGUCGCUGGAUCGCCCAGGACCUCAGCAGCCUCAGGGGGCUACUGGACCAGCAUGGCGUGCGCCUGGUGGGCGUGGGGCCCGAGGCCCUGGGCCUGCGGGAGUUUCUGGACGGGGGCUACUUCGCAGGAGAGCUCUACCUGGAUGAAAGCAAGCAGUUCUACAGGGAGCUGGGCUUCAGACGGUACAACAGAUUGAGCAUUGUGCCCGCUGCCCUGGGGAAGCCUGUGCGUGAUGUGGCCCUCAAGGCUAAAGCUGUUGGCAUCCAGGGGAACCUGUCGGGGGACUUGCUGCAGAGCGGAGGGCUGCUGGUGGUUACCAAAGAAGUCCCUGGGUGA